UAGUGGCGGAAUGAUAAUUCUCAUUUCUCAUAACUUGGUACUCAUAGAUCGUAAUUCGUAUUUCGUACAUAGUUGGUACUUAGGCUCAGGUACUAUAGAUACAAGAUAGGUAUUACUUAUUUUGUACCUACUGAAAAUCGAAACUAUAAGAAACAGCAUUUUUAAGUUUUCAUUAGUGUAAUAACUUUAAUAUUUUAGUAUACAUAAAAAUUUAACCAUGUUUUUAAACAUCGCCAAAAAUAUGUCGCUUACAAAAAUCAUUACAAGAACAUUCAGGACAACCACAACUAGACACAGAAUAAUUAAAAUUCAAGAUCAAGAAGACUUUAAUAAACAAGUACUGAAUAGUAAAGAGCCUGUGGUGAUAGAUUUUUUUGCUACAUGGUGUGGACCAUGUAAAACGUUACUUCCUCGAGUGGAAAAAAUAAUAGAAGAACAUAACGGUUCAAUUCAUCUUGCCAAAGUUGAUAUUGAUGACAAUGCUGAAAUUGCCAUGGAAUAUGGUGUAUCUGUUGUACCAGAACUGGUAUUAAUGAAAGAUGGCAAAGUUCAAGGAAAAAUGAUUGGACUACAAGAUGAAGAUAAACUUAAACAUUUUAUUUCUAAGUUAACUGAGCCAACAAUAGAAAAAAAAUAAUAUAUUUAAUUUAUGAAAUUGUGUUAUAUAGGUAAUUGGAAUCAGUUAGAUUUAUGGUUUUAAUGUUGUUUAUUCAAAAAAAAUAAAUAUGAUUAAAUGUAUCAGUCAAACAUUUGAA